AUGAAAGACGUUGAGAAGCUCGAACAGACAGAGGUUGUUGAGAAAACAAUAUCUCUUGAUCAAGAGAGCAGGAGCGACACGUCAAAUGUUGCGGAGCACACUCUAGCGGCGUUAAUUUGCACCCUACCCAUUGCGGUUACUUUAUAUCUGAGUUGGAAAGAUCGGAAAUUCAUGUCAACGGAGCUGUCCAAACAGGAGCUAGUAACAAGACUAUCGCUGUACAAAUCAAAACCACCAACCACAAUAUUUAUCAACUUUCUAAUCUCCCUAGUGGGCGUAGAGAAUAUCCUUGGAAUUAGGUCUUCUCAAUUUGUCACUUUCGCAUCGUUCUACUUAGUGGCGAUCUGGUCACAGGCAUCAAUGGUGAUCGUGCAAGUGGUUGGAAUAGUUAAUGAGAUGCAUCUAGAGAGAGAGUAUUUUUGGUCAAUGUCACUUCUGAUUAUCGUUUUCAUAUCCAUCGCCCUGGGGUCUUCCAUUCGUCUCUACAGGGCGCAAUGCACAACCACAAACGAUGCCCAAAAUGGCCUCACACUUCUGAGCUCGUUCCAGGCAUGGCUCACAGCUUUCGGUUGUCUUUUCGAAUUGUGCCAUUAUUCGACAAUCAAUUUCAACAAUAUGGUGAACUACUAUUCCUUCCUCACUAACAGUGCUGCUGAACAGCGGACGCUGGUUCUGCUGGUCACCAUACACGUUGGUGCAAUGGUCAUAGUCGGAGCCGUGCUUCUGACAAACUUCCUAUGCUGUCUCGGUUUUGAGCGCGAAACAAAACCUUGGAUUGUGGAUCAGCAAUCUACUGCAAUAAGAAUGAUGAUUUGCCCGCUACUGUCCAUCUCAAUUCUUCAUUGCAUGCAGAAUGAAUGGGCGGAUUUGUUCAAUUCGUAA